CGGAAAUGAAAGGAGUUGCCUGUAACUUACAGGCAACUCCUUUCAUUGGAAUUAUACAUUCCAAAACAUUCCUCCUUGAACUGAACUCUGGUGCAUUCGAUAAUCGACUUGUGUGGACUUUCCUAGGAGAGGAGCUGCAAUGGGGGGCAGUUGAAACACAGUGCUGCAGGCACGGGUAAUGGACCCCCAGUUGUUGUGCUGUGAGGGGAACAGGCCUGUCGUCCGGAGGGCCUACCGGGACUCCAACCUGUUGAAUGACCGGGUCCUGAACGCUCUGCUGCGGGCUGAAGACAAGUACCUCCCCGCUGCGAACUACUUCAAAUGCGUCCAGAGAGAAAUAGUCCCGUGCAUGAGGAGGAUAGUGGCUACCUGGAUGUUGGAGGUGUGUGAAGAGCAGAAGUGUGAGGAGGAGGUUUUCCCUCUGGCGAUGAACUACAUGGACCGUUUCCUGUCUGUGGAACCAACAAAGAAGAGCCACCUGCAGCUGCUGGGAGCGGUCUGCAUGUUCCUGGCAUCCAAACUGAAGGAGACAAUCCCACUCAGUGCAGAGAAACUGUGCAUCUACACCGACAACUCAAUCUCGCCGACACAGCUACUGCAAAUGGAGCUGCUGGUUCUGAACAAGCUGAAGUGGGACCUGGCUUCAGUGACCCCCCUUGACUUCAUCGACCACUUCAUGUUUCAGCUACCUGUCAGGAGAGAGAACAGACCCAUCCUCAGGAAGCACGCUCAGACCUUUGUGGCUCUGUGUGCCACAGAUGUGAAGUUUAUUGCCAGCCCCCCCUCCAUGGUGGCAGCAGGCAGCAUGGUGGCAGCGUUGGAGGGGCUACAGAUGAGAAUGUUGGGCAACAGCCUGAUGUCUCAGAAACUGAUGGAGCAGCUGGCACAGACCAUCAGGAGUGACCCGGAUUGUCUCAGGGCGUGUCAGGAACAAAUCGAGGCGCUGCUGGAAACCAGCCUCAGACAGGCGCAACAACCCCAACACUCCGUUGCCAUGGAAUCUAAGAACAUCAGCGAGGAGCAGGACCUCUCAACGACACCCACCGAUGUCCGGGACAUCAACAUCUGACUGAGUGGCGGAGAGACAACAGGAGCAUGCUGGAGCUGAUAAAGAGGACAAAAACACACAUGGCUUUGUGUCACAUGUGGAGUGCUACAGGUAACAGGACUCAACAGGGAUUUGGAACUGUCUACAUGAAGUCCAGUAUGAACCGAGCAGGACCUGAAGGAGGCGCUGACAACUUCAUAAGAACCUUCAGACUGGUACCCAGCUGACUCCCAGAGAGUAGGGGGCAGUUGGCUCCAAUGUGUUCUUUUGAAGGCUGUCUGGACCCAGGCCGUAUUUAAAAAGAAAAUCCUUAUCACAGAGACUGAUGACGCCGGUAUCAAAUGUUUUAUUCAGACAGAAUUUAUGAGAACAAGAAUACAGAUUUAGCUGGCGGCACGCCUCACUGAGGGGUGAGAAGCUCUCGUAUGAUCAGAUGGAAACAGCGUGGGUUCACAUCCUUUUACAUGUGCAUUUUAAGAUGAUUCUGGAAUGCAGCAGCGGGAAAUAGCUGCUCUAUACAAGUCUAUUCUGUUAUCCUUCACAUUACAUGUUAUACAUAUAACCUAUACUGUGUUUUAAAACAUGUCACAUGAGUGUGCCCUUAGCCACUUUAAGAGAUCUUACUUGGUUUUAAAUAUUUUAAGUCAUAAUAUGAACUUUUGUAUAACGUUUUUUUACCAGUUUGAUAAACAUGGAGCCGGACCACAUGUAUAGUGAGAAGGUCAUCACCAAAUAGAUGUCUUCUACAUAAAAACAAAUGGGGACAAAUGAUAAGGUUUACAGUAUUGAGCUGUGUGGUUUUACCGAUGUCAUCGUUAGUGAGGUUUCUAAAUUGAGACCUAGAAAAGCGUAUCUGUUUGUUUUUCGGCUGAAAUCUACUUAUGGAAUGUAUGGAAAACAUUAUUAUAUCUUAUUACUGACUGCCAAACUGGAACCACUGUUCAGAUUGUAGUGUGCAUCUCACACCACUAGAGGGAGCUCAGUGCACCUCUUGUGAGCAUCAGGAGAAACCCUGAGGGGAAUUACAUGGACUUACAAAAGUUUAUGCAAUGAUAUUUUCUGACUUUUUUAUGGGUGGUAUGUAUUUGCUAGACAGGACAAAACUUGAAGACCAACUACACACACACACACACACACACACACACACACACACACACACACACACAC